AUGGCAGCACAGUCGAAGCCCCCGCUUCCUCCCAGAACCUCUUUAAGGGCUUCCAACGGCGAUGACGACUAUCUCUUGCCCACAAUCUCUCCAAAUCCCAACUCAUCUGUGUAUCUCGGCGGGUUACAUGAUCCACGAGCCUCAUCCACUCAGUCGCUCCAAGCCGUCACCUCGCCUGGCGACAACCGGCGUACCUUGCUUGUUGUCUAUAUCCAUGGCUUUCUCGGCACAGAAUCCAGCUUCAAGAGCUUCCCGGCUCAUGUUCAUAGCCUCUUGACUCCAGCCGUGGCAGAAACGCAUGUCGUCUAUACGAAGAUCUACCCUCGAUACAAGUCACGCAGGAAUAUUUCAUUUGUGCGAGAUGAUUUCAGCAAUUGGUUAGCUCCUCGCGAAUCGAGCACCACGGACGUGAUAUUGGUCGGCCACAGCUUGGGAGGUAUCCUUGCUGCUGAAGUGGUCUUGAUACCUUCCCAUUUCCCUCCAGGAAACAGCAACCUGUUCCAACAUCGUAUCCUUGGACUCAUGGCCUUUGAUACACCAUUCCUUGGUAUGCACCCCGGCGUAGUGGGUACCGGUAUUGCCAAUUUGUUUCGGACUCCUCCCCAAACCCCAGAAUCUCCAUUAUCACAGCCAAGCCCCUUUUCAGAUGUCAUACCUACCUCUCAAGAUCCAACAUACAACCCGGCAUAUUCAAAUGACAUCCAUCUGGCUAAUAGGAAAGGCAAACUACGAAGAGCGUGGUACUUUUGGAACAAACAUUGUGGAGAAGUGACAAAAGCGGCCCGGGAUUAUGUUUCCUCCCACCUCGAAUUCGGUGGCUGCCUUGCAGACUACUCAGGUUUAAAGAGGCGAUACAAUGCAAUUCGCGCUCUAGAAGACGUCGACGAGACGUUGGAGCCAAGAACACCUGACGGGAAGUUGAUGAAGCGGGUAAGGUUUGUCAAUUACUAUUCUGCAAGCACUGGCCAAAUCAGGGAGAGGUCGCCUUCUCCAAGCAAACAGCAGUCAUUACUCGAGCCUCCAACAACGGAGCCUCAGGAUAUGUCCACGCGACGAUCGUCUGGAGAAAGUCUUCAUCCCUCGACCCUCUCAAGCCCUCGACUGUCUCUCGAGGAGCAUCAUGAUGGCGAGGUCAUUACGAGAGAUGUCGCUGAGCUCAAGAUCGAUCCAGAUCCACCAGCUCGUGCUCCUGUCUCAAAAACAAGCGAGCACAGUUCAAUUUCGGGUGCUCAGGGCGAUAUUCCGGGCUCGGUGGAAGCCCUAUCAAUUGAAUUAGGUUUGCCGCCACUUCCAGCAUUGCCUGAGCGACCGGCAGAAUUUGAUGCUAGUCAACAUCAAGAUGAAGACACCAUCAAAUUGCUUCAAAGAGAGCAUGAGCGGCAAGUCCAGGCAUAUGAAAGGGCUGUGAAAGACUGGGACAAAUCCGUCAAAGAACGCGAAAGGCUGCUGCGAAAACGCCAGCGAAAGCAGCAGGAGCAGGCGGGGAAGGACACCAAAGAGCAAGAGAUCCGACAGCAAAAGGAACAGCUAAAAGCUUCCUCCACGUUGAACCCAGAAGAAUAUGGGAGACAUCUGCGGCAGGAAGCAAACGGCUCCGGAGCUACCUCGCAAAACAGAAAAAUUCAGAAAGACCACAAGUUCUGUGCUCUCCCGGCGAAAGAUCCAAAGACCCGCAAGCGAGAUCCGACAUGGGUUAGGUUGUACAUGGGAGGCACUGAUGAGGUGACUGCACAUACUUCGAUGUUUAAUGAAUCGGAAACUUAUGCUAAGUUGGUGGGAGAUGUGGUUGAGAGAAUGGAGACCUGGGUCGCUCAAGGUGCAUCCAUACAGGCCGUUCUUGCGGAGAUGGAGCGAUGA